AUGCCCAUAGGACCCCUCACGCGUCGUAGCUUGAAAAGUUGGGUUGAGGUCAAACCCGAGCUCCUCGUUGCUGUCGACAUCGGUACCACGUAUAGUGCUGUUUCUCUUUGCAUCCGAACAUAUGGACCCAACGGCUCUUCAAACGUUGAAGUGAUCACCAGCUGGCCGAAGCAAGCGCUGAAGAAUAUCAAGGAACCGUCAGUCGUAUGUUAUGAUUUGGAUGGAACUCUGAACCCGGAGGGGUUCGGUUCGGGAGCCUUCGACGAUGCGGAUGUCGUUGACCAGAUCGACCAAGGAAAACUAAUCAAAGUGCAAUGGUGGAAACUCGCCUUCCGUCCAGACCACCUUCCACCAAUUGCGGGGCUCGAAGACUACCUUCCGGACUUCAACAAGGGCCUGAACAUCAACGUCGAGACCGUCCUCCGAGACUACUUGAUGUUGGAUAUGAUAUGCCAGUGCGUCGAGGUGUAG